CCUCGCUGGUCCCUGCCUCGGAGAGACCUUUUGGGUUUCCGAGGACAGACCAGGGAGUCCCAGCUCCCUUUGGGGGAUUUGCCUCCGGGGCAUUUCUGGCCCACUGAGCCUGUAAAGACGAACCUUCGAAAGGAUGGGUUGGGGCCUGAGGCGGGCUUUUCUCAGGCAGUGUUUGAGGCAGCCCCAAUGGGGUCCUCUGGGGGCCUUCAGGCCUUUGAACUGCGGUGGCGGGCGGGCUCACUGUAUUCUGUACUCCUCAGGGUAGGGGCCGCCAUCACCAUGGCCACGGCUGCGAGUCGGCCCUGCGCCGGCGGGUCGCGGGACAUCCUUUGGCGCGUUUUGGGCUGGAGGAUAGUUACAAGUAUUGUCUGGUCAGUGCUGCUUCUGCCCAUCUGUACCACAGUAUAUGUACUCGUCAGCAGCAUUGAUUUAUUUCAUCCUAUACAGUGGCUGUCUGAUUCUUUCAGUGGUCUGUAUAGUUCCUAUAUUAUAUUUUACCUUCUGCUGCUAUCAGUGGUAAUAGUAAUAAUAAGUAUUUUCAAUGUGGAGUUCUAUACAGUCGUGCCUUCCAUUCCCUGCUCAAGACUGGCCCUGAUAGGGAAGAUCAUUCAUCCUCAGCAGCUCAUGCACUCAUUUGUUCAUGCUGCGAUGGGAAUGAUGAUGGCUUGGUGUGCUGCGGUGAUAACCAAGGGUCCGUACAGCUUUCUUGUGGUUCCCUGCACUGGUACUGAGAGCUUAGAUGGCCCUGCUGCACAAACCUGUUUAAAUGAAUAUCACCUUUUUUUCCUCCUGGCUGGAGCAUUUAUGGGCUAUAGCUAUAGCCUCCUGUAUUUUAUAAACAACAUGAACUAUCUUCCAUUUCCCAUCAUACAGCAAUACAAAUUCUUGCGCUUCAGGAGGUCUCUGCUCUUGCUAGUUAAGCAUAGUUGUGUGGAAUCAUUGUUCCUGCUUAGAAAUUUCUGCAUUGUGUAUUAUUUUCUUGGCCAUAUUCCCAAAGCUUGGAUUAGCACUGCUAUGGACCUUCAGUUAGAUGAGCAGUUUCAUAGGCCUCUUGACACUGUGAGUGGCCUCUUGAAUCUCUCAUUACUCUAUCAUGUCUGGCUGUGUGGUGUCUUUCUGCUGAUGACUUGGUACAUCUCAUGGAUACUCUUCAAAAUCUAUGCCACAGAGGCCCAUCUGUUUCCUGUUCAGCCACCAUUUUCAGAAGAGUCAGAUGAAUGCCUCCCAAAAGUUUUAAACAGCAGUCCUCCCCUCAUCAUAAAGUAUUUGGCCUUGCAGGACCUGAUGUUGCUUUCUCAAUAUUCUCCUUCACGAAGACAAGAAGUUUUCAGCCUUAGCCAACCAGGUGGCCAUCCGCACAAUUGGACAGCCAUCUCAAGGGAGUGUUUGAAUCUUUUAAAUGAUAUGACGCAGAAGCUUGUACUCUACCAAGAAGCUGCUGCCACGAAUGGGAGAGUGAUGUCUUCAUCCUACGCGGGGGAACCGAAGCAAUUGGAUUCUCCAGAAGAAACUACUUUUCAGACCCCCAAACCUAGCCAGGUGCCUCGGCCUUCGGUGCCAUCGUUAAUUAAGACAUCACUGUUUUCCUCAAAAUUAUCUACACCUGAUGUUGCAAGUCCCCUGGCAACCCCGUUUGGCUCUAGUGUAGUGAAUCGGAUGGCUGGAAUUUUUGAUGUAAACACCUGCUAUGGGUCACCUCAAAGUCCUCAGCUUACAAGAAGAGGGCCGAGAUUAUGGACUUCGGCUGCUGAUCAGCAAAUGACUGAAUUUUCUAAUCCUUCUCCAUCUACCUCUGUUAGUGCUGAGGGUAAAACAGUGAGACAGCCCAGUGUGAUUUAUUCAUGGAUUCAGAAUAAACGUGAACAGAUCAAGAAUUUCUUAUCAAAACGGGUGCUGAUCAUGUAUUUUUUCAGUAAGCACCCGGAAGCCUCCAUUCAGGCUGUUUUUUCAGAUGCCCAAAUGCACAUUUGGGCAUUAGAAGGUCUGUCUCACUUAGUAGCAGCAUCAUUUACAGAAGAUAGAUUUGGAGUUGUCCAGACGACACUACCAGCCAUUCUCAAUACUUUGUUGACGCUGCAAGAGGCAGUUGACAAGUACUUCAAGCUUCCUCAUGCUUCCAGUAAACCACCGCGGAUUUCAGGAAGCCUGGUGGACACUUCCUAUAAAACAUUAAGGUUUGCCUUUAGAGCAUCACUAAAAACUGCUAUCUAUCGAAUAACUACGACAUUCGGUGAACAUCUAAAUGCUGUGCAAGCAUCUGCAGAACAUCAGAAAAGACUUCAACAGUUCUUGGAGUUCAAAGAAUAGUUAAGUAAUAUAAACUGUGUUCAUUACACUGCUGAUACAACUACAGAUGGGACAGUAAAUGUUCAGCAUUCUUGGAUCAGAAGAAAAUGGACUAAUUAGAUGCUUCCUUUGUCGUGGUGGUUGCUUUGAAAACUAUACUUUAAUGGGAGAAAUCAUGGAAAUUCUCAGCAGAAUAACCAAAAGCUGCCUUUUCUGUACCGAUUGCUUUUUGUCUGUGUGGUAUAAUAAAAUCUUUAUUCAAUUUUACAGAAGCAUCUAUGGCAGUAGAAAUGUUUGUAGCUUAUAUAGCUUCGUAAUAAUAACUAGGACACUUUUAGGAUUUACGUUGGAGAGCAGUAAAGCCAGUUCAGAAAGUGAAAUGGAUUGACUUGAUCCAGUCCUUCCUGGAAAUACGUAAACUUUUGGGGGGUAGUUUCUGUUUACUGAAGAAUAAAAAAGGUAACAGUGGAGGAAAAGUCACAGAAAGUAUUGUCCAAAGGACAUAUUUUGUUAAUCUGUUAGGUUGUGUUUUUGUUUCCAGGGACAAAUUAAAUUUGCAUGAUGGUCCAAAAAGGUCUCAAUUUACAGAUGCUAACUCUGUAUAAAGGAAUGUGGAAAAAUUCGGUUCUUAAGUUACAAGGUUAAACAUUCGCAUUUGGUUUUCAAAAGACAGUUGACUAAUGUCUAUGAAUUUAUUUUAUAUCCUGCUAGUAAAUAAUAAGUGUAUGGGUAUUUUCUCAACGAGUUUUGCUUUCUUUUUCUGGAACAAAACAUUAAGCAAUUGCCAAGUUUUUCAAGUGAGAGAAAAAGUUUUGCAAGGAAAACCAGUAAGCACCCUUUUUUUCCCCUACCCUCAUCUUCAUUAUAUCAAAUUAUUUUCUGAAGCUUAAUUGAUCUCACAGAAGCCAGCAACCUUUGCAGUGUAAACUAGAUAGCUGAGAUAUAUGAGGAAAAUCUUCACAGCCAGAAGCAAUUUAGCCAUCAAAUAGCAAGUGAAACCGAAACGUCAGAGGGGUUACUGUCCUCAGGAGUAUGUUGUAUGUCCCAAAAGGUAAUCGUAUAAUUUAUUAGAUCAACUUCUUUGAAGAGGAAAGAUUAAAAAUUCUGCUGGUAGAUAUUCCCUGGACUAGCUUUGAACUGAAAUGCUCCCUUGUAAUUCUUUUCAUAUUAUCUUUUUCCUCAAAGUCAGCACAAUACUAUAUAUGAAUCUUUUUUUUUUUUUUUUUUUUUUUUUUUUUUGUCUUUUUAGGGCCGCACUCAAGGCAUAUGGAGGUUCCCGGGCUAGAGGUCUAAUCGGAGCUGUAGCGGCAGGCCUACACCACAGCCACUGCAACUCAGGAUCCGAGCCGCGUCUUCGACCUACACCACAGCUCACGGCAACGCCGGAUCCUUGACCCACUGAGGCCAGGGAUGGAACCCGCACCCUCAUGGUUCCUAGUCGAAUUUGUUAACCACUGAGCCAUGAUGGGAACUCCUAUAUAUGAAUCUUUAAUGUGGUAUAUAUUUCAACCAACUGUCUGAUUACUUGAUGUAUUAUAUCUUGAUUUAUUUUUUACUCCUUCAGCCAGCACACGACAAAUUAAAAAUGAAUCCCGCUGGCCUUAAAGUGUCUUUAUGAGACAGUUUCUCAAUUGUCCAAGUGUUUGGAGUAUUUAGGCCAUUGCCUUUUGUUUGUUUGUUUGUUUUACAUCUGAAGUGAAGUUGAUUUUUUUUUUUUUUUAAUGUAAAAGCUGGAUUUUUGAACGUGAAAGUUACAGAUGGCCAGAAAACUGUGGCUGUGUUGACUGAGCAGUGUUGCAUUCUAUAUUUUAAAGCCUUCCCGCUCUUUGUAGUCCAUUCUCUGUGCUGCCUGACUGGGCCACUCUGGGAGAAGAGGAUGCUCUACCUUCUGUUCCUUUAAAGAAGAAGUGUGGCGUUUAACCCAUUGGAUUCCUGAGACUGACAGUGGGGUGAUUUCUUUAAACUUUGACUGACUUGGAUAAAACGUCUGGCUAGGCGUAUGUUUUUGUCAUUUCCCACAUACUUUGGGAAGGUGUCUCUUUGUUGAGCAAUGUGAAAUUUUCUGAGGUGUUCAUCCCUAUUUUUGCUCAAGAGAAUGUGCUUGUGUACCCGAUGCAGUUCACAUAACGGCUGCCUGGUGGAAAUCUGGAAACUGCCUCCCCAAAUCUGGAUUAUAUUUAGUAGAUAAAGCAGUCAGUUCCUUUUCCUCGCUGCGUAUUGAUAGUCCACACACCGUCUGUUGGAGCAGGUUAUGGCUCAAUCACCUGCCAGUAAAGAAAGCGCCCCCUGAGUACCGGGAGGGGGCCCUUAGGAAGACCAGCAGGAGGAGAGGAGCGCUUCUCUGGGUGAAGACACGGCCCACCUGUGAACCCACUGAUACAACAUUGGCCUGAAAAUGAGGGGGGGUUUCUCUCUCUUUUUUUUUUCCUUUUUACAGCCACACCUGCAGCAUAUGGAAGUUCCCAGGCUAGGGUUCAAAUAGGAGUUGCAGCUGCAGGCCGACACCACAGCCACAGCAACAUGGGACCUGAGCCACGUCUGCGAGCUGCACCACAGCUACCUACACUGGAUCCUUAGCCCACUGAGUGAGGCUAGGGAUUGAACCCACAUCCACAUGGAGACUACGUUGGGUCCUUAACCAGCAGAGCCACAGUGGGAACUCCUAGAGGGUGUUCUUUAAAAGCUUUUCUUUGCCUGUCAGUACAAAACAUGAUUGUAUCUGUUCUUGUAAUGGGGUGUGUGUGUGUGUGUGUGUGUGUGUUCUGGGUUUUUUUGGCUGCAGCAUGUGGAAGUUCCAGGCCCAGGGAUUGAACCCAUGUCAUAGCAGCUACCUGAGCCACAGCAGUAACAACACUGGAUCCUUAACUCGCUGAGCCACCGUGGAACUCACUUGUAAUGUUUUCUUGAUCUUUAUGGAAUGUACAAAUCUACAGAACUUCUCUUCCUAGAGAAAUGGAAAACUGUCCUAGAAUUAAAAAAAAAAAACUUGUAUAGUUGAGUGGACAUGGAUAUGCAACACUUUGUCACUUUGCCGGAUUUAUUCCUUGGUAAUUAUUUUGUGUAUAUUCCCGUAAAUAUGGUAAUCUGUUUAUAUCCUUUUGUAUAUCACUGAUAUUGGGCAGAAGAAUAAAUUUACAUUUUUUUAAAUGGGACUAUUAAUUGAACUAUGUAUAUCUUUGAGGUCAGUUAUUUAAUUUCUGGUGCAUGUGUGUUUCCUUAGCCAUUUCAAUGCAGUCUCAGAGUCAUUGCUUAUAAAACCUGAAAAGGUUUUACUUGUUGAGAAAUCAGCUUUUGCCCCUAGCUGGACUGAUCUAGUGGGUCAUCUGUGUUUAAUGGUAACUCUAAGGAGCCUGAAUUCUAAAAGUGUUUCUUCAUUGUCCUGGCUGCCUUUCUUGUAAAAUUAAACAAAGGAUGCAGUUGCU